AUGUAUUCGAUCGUCGCUGCUUUACUUCUGGGCGGCCUCGCAACUGCUUCCGGCGUGCCCUACGAGGAUUAUAUUUUGGCUCCGAAGUCACGAGAGCUGCUCCCGGCUUCUGUACACAGUGUUAAUGGGUCGGUCACCAAUGCCAGGGCCCUGAUCCAGUCCGCCGGUGGUACGACCCUCAAUGGUGUUUCAUCGGUAACCUACGAUUUCGGGAAGAAUAUUGCAGGUCUCGUAUCGCUCGAUGUGGGAUCUGCUUCAUCCCCUUCAGCCUUCCUUGGUGUCACCUUCUCCGAGUCGAGUCUCUUUAUCCGCCACGAAGCCUCUGAUGGCACCUCUGAUGCGGGCUUGGAUUCCCCGCUGUGGUUUCCGGUUGGUCGCGGGACUGGCCACUAUGCCUCCGAGAAGAAGCACCUGCGUGGUGGCCUCCGAUAUCUCACACUUGUGAGCAACACCACUGCGACAAUUCCCGUUCGUCAUCUCCACGUAAACUUCACUGCUGCGCCAACUCAGGACCUUGGACGCUAUACGGGAUAUUUUCACUCAGACGACGAGCUUCUCAACAAGAUUUGGUAUGCAGGGGCAUACACUAAUCAGCUCUGUACUAUCGAUCCCACUCAGGGCAAUUCUCUGGUGCAUCUGGGCAGUAUUACCUCGGAUGACGAUAUUCAUCUUCCUCAGACCGAUACCUGGUGGAGCAACACCACCAUCGGCAAUGGAAGCAGUAUCAUUACCGACGGUGCCAAGCGUGAUCGAUUGGUUUGGCCGGGAGACAUGUCCAUUGCUCUCGAGAGUAUCGCUGUUAGUACUGGUGACCUAUACAGCGUACAAAAUACCCUGGAGUCGUUGCUUGACUUGCAAAAGUCCGAUGGCCGCCUACCUUAUGCGGAACGACCCUUUCGGGAUAGCGUGAGCUUCACGUACCAUCUGCACAGUCUCAUCGGCGUGUCUUAUCUCUAUCUCUUCUCGGGUGACCGCAGUUGGCUAUCCCGACACUGGUCACAAUAUAAGAGAGCAGUUCGGUGGGCUCUCUUGAGUGUCGACAAAACCGGUCUGGCCAAUAUUACUGCCUGCUCUGACUGGCUAAGAUUCGGCAUGGGAGGCCAUAACAUCGAGGCUAAUGCCAUUCUAUAUUUCGUGCUUCAAGAUGCACAGAAGUUGGCGGAACAACUUAACGACACGUCUUCCGCGGAGUCUUGGAAGCGUACUGCGGCCAAGAUCAAGUCUGUCGCCAACCAAAAGCUAUGGGAUAACCAGGCAGGUCUCUAUCGCGAUAAUGAGACAACGACGCUGUACCCGCAAGAUGGAAAUGCCUGGGCGAUCAAGGCCAACUUGACGCUCUCGGCCCGUCAGAGCAACACAGUUUCUUCCGCUCUCCAGUCACGCUGGGGUAAGUACGGUGCCCCAGCACCAGAGGUGGGUAAGACCAUCUCCCCGUUCAUCGGUGGGUUCGAGCUACAGGCGCAUUAUCUUGCUGGCCGCUCAGAAACUGCCCUGGAUCUGAUCCGACUGCAAUGGGGAUUUAUGCUGGAGGAUUCUCGAAUGACCCAAUCCACAUUCAUCGAAGGAUACUCCACGGACGGUUCAAUUCACUAUGCACCAUACACAAACGACCCCCGGAUAUCGCAUGCUCAUGGUUGGUCGACAGGCCCAACCUCAGCCCUCACGUUCUAUGCGGCUGGUAUCCAGCUCACUGGACCUGCAGGCGUCACCUGGCGUAUUGCUCCGCAACCAGGCAAUCUCACCAUCGUGGAUGCUGGAUUUCUAACUUCCCGCGGCAAUUUCUCGACCUCUUUCCAGCGCAGCGCUCGAGGUGGUUACAAUCAAUUUUCCUUUCAGACCCCCGCUGGCACCACUGGAGAGGUCUAUCUAUCUGGGGCGAGCGGCACUCUUGUGUCCAGGGACGGCAAAGAAAUCAAGCUUAUGGCGGGUAGGGCCUCUGGCUUGCAUGGGGACGCUUGGGAGCUUCACACUCAGUAG